CCUUACUUUAGGCGGACUGGGCACGCUGGACGUCUGGCGUCAGGCUGUGGAGGUGUAGCUAUGUACCUUUUUGGCAGUGAGGAUUACGAAGUGGGUUCGGCGGACUCCUACACCAGCCGUCCAUCUGAUUCAGAUGUAUCUCUGGAAGAAGACAGGGAAGCAGUACGGAGAGAGGCAGAGCGACAGGCCCAGGCACAGCUGGAAAAAGCAAAGACAAAACCAGUUGCAUUUGCAGUUCGGACAAAUGUUGGGUACAGUGCAGCUCACGAUGAUGAUGUUCCAGUCCCAGGCAUGGCCAUCUCAUUUGAGGCUAAAGAUUUUCUUCAUGUUAAAGAAAAAUUUAAUAAUGACUGGUGGAUAGGAAGGUUGGUAAAAGAAGGCUGUGAAAUUGGAUUCAUACCAAGCCCAGUCAAACUAGAAAACAUGAGGCUGCAGCAUGAACAAAAGGCAAAACAAGGAAAAUUCUACUCCAGUAAAUCAGGAGGAAACUCUUCAUCCAGUUUGGGUGACAUCGUUCCUAGUUCCAGAAAAUCUACGCCUCCAUCAUCUGCUAUAGACAUAGAUGCCACUGGCUUAGAUGCAGAAGAAAAUGAUAUUCCAGCAAACCAUCGCUCCCCCAAACCCAGUGCAAACAGUGUAACAUCACCCCACUCCAAAGAGAAAAGAAUGCCCUUCUUUAAGAAGACAGAGCACAUCCCUCCCUAUGAUGUAGUGCCUUCUAUGAGACCAGUAGUUUUAGUGGGACCUUCUCUGAAAGGAUACGAGGUAACAGAUAUGAUGCAAAAAGCAUUGUUUGAUUUUUUAAAACAUAGAUUCGAAGGGCGUAUAUCAAUUACAAGAGUCACAGCAGACAUCUCGCUUGCCAAACGCUCAGUAUUAAACAAUCCCAGUAAGCAUGCGAUAAUAGAGCGAUCUAACACAAGAUCAAGCUUAGCUGAAGUUCAGAGUGAAAUUGAACGGAUUUUUGAAUUAGCAAGGACACUGCAGUUGGUAGUGCUCGAUGCUGAUACCAUUAACCACCCAGCUCAACUAAGCAAAACUUCUCUGGCUCCCAUUAUAGUAUACGUAAAGAUUUCUUCACCUAAGGUUUUACAGAGGCUAAUAAAAUCUCGAGGGAAAUCUCAGGCCAAACACCUUAAUGUUCAGAUGGUGGCAGCUGAUAAACUGGCACAGUGUCCUCCUGAAAUGUUCGAUGUAAUUCUUGAUGAGAACCAGCUUGAAGAUGCUUGUGAGCACCUUGCUGACUACCUGGAAGCCUACUGGAAGGCCACCCAUCCACCUAGCAGCAAUCCUCCUAACCAGCUUCUCACUCGCACACUUGCAACAGCCACUCUUCCUAUUAGCCCAGGUCCAAAUAUUAAUUUACAGGGAUCUCAAGGAGACCAGAGGAAUGACCAUUCAGUCCCUGAACGCAGCAGUUCACAAAUCGAAGAGGAAGCACGGGUUGAGCCCAUCAAGAAGUCCCAGCAUCGCUCUUCCUCAAGCCAACACCACAACCAUCGCAGUGGUGUUAGAGGCCUUCCUAGGCAAGAAACUUUUGACUCAGAAACACAAGAUAGCAGAGAUUCGGCUUAUGUAGAGCCAAAGGAGGACUACUCACAUGAGCAUGGUGACCACUAUGAUUCUCACAGGGAUCACAAUCAUAGAGACGAGUCCCACGGGAGCAGUGAUCACAGACAUAGAGAAUCAAGGCAUCGCUCAAAGGAGAGGGACCGCGAGCAGGACCACAAUGAAUGCAACAAACAGCGUAGUCGGCAUAAAUCAAGGGACCAAUAUUGUGACAAGGAUGGGGAAGUGAUAUUGAAGAAGCGUAAUGACACAGGAGAAUGGAACAGGGAUGUUUACAUCCAUCAAUAACUUUUGCCUCCGGCAGUCUUGUGUUUCUUUCAAGUCUUGUAAUGAUACCCCCUGACAAUAUCUUUGGGUUCUUCAUUGCAGAACAUAUGGUAUCCUUCUGUAUGCUGAUUUGUAUUGCUGUUGCUUGCAUAGCAAUAGCAUGAAAUAGAAUAUUCAUAUACUUAUUUUUUUGGUUAGUGCUAUAUGAAUUAGCGUAGUACAACUGCAGUGUUCCUGAUGUUGUACUAUGCCAUUUUUCAAGCUGUUUUUUGGUAGCUGCCACUUGAACAAUAUCUGUUGCCAUCAAGGUGUUGUUAGUGUUUUUUAAAAAAAGGUACAUUUGAUGUUUAAUGACUUCCCGUGUAUUCAGCAAGUCAGAAUCAGCACAUAAAAAAAGAAAAUCGAAAACUUUUGUCUGCUCUGAUUUUUAAUUUGUAUGUACUUGAUUUGCAGAUUGAUUUAAGAGCCCCUCUCUGUUGCUUGUACCUCUGGUGGACUCCAUUCGAAGACAGAAUUCAGUCUUGCCUUACACACAGGGGGAUCAUAAAUCAAAAUCUAUUUUCUAUGUACUGGUACUGUGUACUGUAUAUACAGUUUAUAAAUGUUAUUUCUUGCAGACACCUUCUUACUAUAUAAGUUUGAUCACACUGUUUUAGAGUCCUAAUGCCAAGUCAGCAGAUUUGCUUUUGAAUUACUGGCAACUGGAACUAGCCUCGUUUAGGAAAUCUGUAACAGUGUUCAAUCUAAAUACUUUUUCUUCUGUAGCAGAAAGCUUAUUGUAAAUACGAAUGAGAGCUUGAGAUAAAGGGUCUAACUCUUAUACCUUGCAAACCCAGUUUUGCAUUUUAAAUUUAUGGUAAAGAUACUGAACUUACCACUAUAAAUUGUUCUUCUCUGUAGAGGUCACAAAAUCGCAAUGGGCACAGUUUAGGUUUUGUUCUGUUGUCAGAAUAAUAGAACACAUAUGACAGAGGUGUGUAUGUGAGCAGGUGGGUGGUGGAUGGGCAUACGUGUGUGUCUGCAUGUUAGGCAGCAACGUGUGAGAAUUUGCUGAAGAAAACAAAGGUUACUCAACAGCCCAACAGGUCUUUUUCUUCAUUCUAUUACAUUGAAAAUCCAAAUUGCAGUCAGGGAAAAUGAGGGAGUUUACUGACCCAGGUAACUGAGAAAGCAUAAAUCUGCUGGCUCUUUGUUGAGACUUCAGGAGAGUAAAACCAGGCAAAUGUUACUCUGUUUCACUGGAAAUGUAAAAUCCUUGUGGUUUAGAGUAUUUGUUUUAGUAAGAAAAGUUUACACAGC